CUAAUGAAGAAGGGACCAGGAAGUGAGUAUCACUUUAAAGUGACGGUGACCAACUACAAGGGUGGCAAUCAUCAUGUCGCUGCAGGGAGAUCCAGUGUAGGAAAUGCGAGCGGCGUUGCGCCUGGCAGUUGUGGCAGUCCCUAUGGGUGUGCUGCUGUCCCGGACCAUGGCGUGGAUGUCCAGUGGUAAAACACAUCCAGAGCUCAUCAGCAGACUAAGAGAUCAUGGCGUAAUCCGCAAUGACAGAGUGUUUGACGCCAUGCUGGCCACUGACAGAGGGCUUUACACCAGAGAGUAUCCUUAUGCAGAUGCUCCACAGACCAUAGGCUACAGGGCGACCAUCAGCGCACCACACAUGCAUGCACAUGCACUGGAGCUGUUAAGUGAAAAACUAACAGAAGGGGCAUCUGCACUAGAUGUUGGUUCAGGAAGUGGAUACCUCACCGCCUGCUUUGCAAGAAUGACAGGACCUAGUGGUACAGUGGUUGGCAUUGAACACAUAGAUGAACUGGUUCAAAGGGCAAUAAAAAAUGUGCAAGCGGAUGACCCAGAAUUGCUGUCAUCAGGACGUAUCAGACUUGUAGUGGGAGAUGGAAGACUUGGCUACCCAGAUGGAGCACCAUAUGAUGCCAUUCAUGUCGGUGCAGCUGCAGCUACUGUUCCUAAGGCUCUUUUGGAGCAGCUAAAACCAGGUGGGAGGUUGGUUCUCCCAGUGGGUCCUGAAGGUGGCAGUCAGGUGUUGGAACAGUAUGAUCGACAGAGUGACGGCACCUUCCUGAAGACAGCUUUGAUGGGAGUAGUUUACGUCCCCCUGACUGACAAGAGGCACCAGUGGCCAGGAGGUGAGCUCUGAUUGCAGUGUGGUUGCCCCCGCAGGAGGUGGCGCUGGUGCUGCAUAUCUGGGGCCCUGUAGUCCUCCUCUCUGAGCUCCUGUUUUCAUGACCUGCUCCACUGGGUUGAAGCCUAGCAACGUACUAGGAGGCCCUUGCUCUGUUUGCUUGAACAGAAUGUCUUCCUAGAGAGCUACAACAAUGAGUGACAGAAUAAGUGACCACUGGUCUACUAAUUACUGUUUUCACUGAAUCCCUGGAGACAGUUAGAGUGAUGUGAAUGUUUGAAGAAAAAAAGUACAGUGUUGUUUAUAAGGAAGCAUGUAAAGUUUAACCAUGUUUUAUUUCAUUUUUGAAAAGCACCAGUAUGCAAUGUUAGCAGUGCUUGUAUGGAAUCUAGAUGAAUGGUAAAUUUGCUAUUAAACUUGUGGGAAUGUUUGGAUACAACUGGAAUAACACUGAGACAAGUUGAAGUAGAAACCACUAAAAUCUAGAAUGUGUUAUGUUUGACAGAGGAAGAUAUACCCAAAACCCAAGGCAUUUUUAAAGUGUACAAAUAUUGUGAGUAAAUUAGAUUUAUUAAUAAAGUCAAUUAAAUGAA